UCAUCCAUCCUCUCUGUAUUGGUUUGUAACACGGUUCGGAGCCACCGUUUGGUGACUAAACUGGAUUGUAUUGUUAUUCUCUGAUUGGGUUCAGUUCAGGGGUACCUGCUGGUGCCAACAUGCAAAUAAAUUUCUCGAGUCAGAGGGAAACGGUUCUUUAACACUUUAAUUGAUAGUCGGUUUGAUAUCAAAAAUGCAUUAAUUUACGUGAACAGGUUCCCCAUCUAUUUAGAAAAACAGUGUUGACUAAAAGGCGAGAGACUCCUCACACCCGUAAUAAGUAAUAACACUUUGCUAUCGAUUCAUUUAUCAUUUAUAGACUCGCAAAUAAGUAAAUGCGGAAAAUUAGUGUUUGUACGGGAAUAGGUGUUUGUUUUAUUGCAGAGGUAAAAGCACUCUAUCAAUCACUCACCACCAUCAGUUACUUUACUUGACAUUUGCACAACAAAUAAUUAGAUUGAUAAACUUGGGCAAGCAAACCAAACCACACUAAAUAUCGUGUUUGCUUAGUUAGGAGGGUUACUAUGUAGGGUGUUAUAAAAAUAUAUAAGUAUGCUUUCUCGCCAAAAAAAAUCUUCAUCUUCAAUAGUAAUGUAUUUAGAAAAUUGAUUUAGUAUUUCAAUUAGCCAAACUAAAUAAUCAUUGGCCAACAAUUUCAGUUGAGCCUAUAGCCAAUGUUUGUAGUCACAACAGAAAGUAUAACAAUGGUUUGCAUUUGUAUACAUUAAAAUUCACAUAAAAUUAUACCUAGAUUUUUUAAAAUUUUUAUCAGGCAAAAAGUAUAAAUAUAAUAGCUAAUAAUUUAUUCGCCAACGUGGUUAUAAUAUUGGUAGUACUUGGAUUUGUUGUACAGUCAGUAUACUGAAAAAAGAAAGACUAGUAAAAAAGAGUGCUUCUAUGCAAAGUUACGAGAUUAUUUAAACUUUGAUAGGAAAUAAUUCAUUGAGACUGUUAGUCUUUUACAUAUUAGUUAAGAUUAUAUAGCUCUCUGUAACUAAAAUGGGGAAAGAUAAAGUGAAAGUUGGGGUGAGGGUUAGGCCAUUCAAUGCUCGGGAAAAGGCCAUCCUGUCUUCUGGAGGCAGUUCUGUCACCAUCCUCCAGGUGAAACAAGAGUCAAAUCAAAUCGCCUUGGUACACCCAUCCUCCUCUCUGAAUAAUAAUAAUCCAAGUAAUAUAAAAUCAUUCACAUUUGACCAUGUUUUUGACAUGGAUGGGAAUCAGGAAGAAGUGUUUGUUAAUCUGGGGAGGGACCUUUUGUCCAGCGCUUUCGAGGGAUAUAACGCCUGCCUAUUUGCAUAUGGACAAACCGGAAGUGGCAAAAGCUAUACUAUGUUGGGAUCAUCCGAGCAACGGGGCGUUAUUCCAAGACUAUGUGAUGCAAUGUUUAAUCAAAUAGCGGAGGAAAGUGAAAACGCAAACAAAGGUCCUCAAAGUUCGAGCAAUCCCAACAUAUUUAAAGUGGAGGUUUCAUUCAUGGAAAUUUAUAACGAGAAAGUUCGGGAUUUAUUGGUGGCAAACAAAACAUCUUUGAAAGUGAGAGAACACUCUAUAUAUGGUCCAUACGUUGAUGGACUUUCCAUCCUGGCAGUCACUUCAGCUGAAGAUGUUUCAACAUUGAUGGCAGAAGGGAAUAAAUCUAGAACAAUUGCGGCCACCAACAUGAAUUCUGAGAGUUCUCGAUCGCAUGCCGUGUUUACAAUAGUCUUGACACAAACUAUGACUGAUUUGACCAGCGGUGUGACGGGGGAGAAAGUUAGUAAACUUAGCCUAGUAGAUUUGGCUGGGUCGGAAAGAGCUACAAAAACAGGUGCGGUUGGGGAAAGGCUAAAGGAAGGAAGUAACAUUAACAAAUCAUUAACCACUUUGGGACUUGUGAUAUCAAAGUUGGCAGAAGGAAGUAUUAGUUCUGCUGGAAAUGUGAGAGACUCCAAGACAUUCAUUCCUUAUAGAGAUUCUGUAUUGACAUGGCUCCUGAAGGAUAAUUUGGGAGGAAAUAGCAGAACCAUUAUGCUUGCAACAGUGUCCCCAUCACCAGAUAAUUACGAGGAAACUUUGUCAACUUUGCGUUAUGCAGACAGGGCGAAACGAAUUGUUAAUAAUGCUGUAGUUAAUGAAGAUCCAAAUGCGAAGCUCAUUCGUGAGCUACAAGCUGAAGUUAAACAGUUGCGAGAACUACUAAAAAGUCAUGUCAGUGACACAGUACUUAAUGAAAAAUUGGACCAGAGUAAGAAAUUGAUGAGACAAGCGAGCGAACCAUGGGAAGAUAGGCUUCAGAGAUCAGAACAAGCCUCACAAGAAAGACAAGCUGCUUUGGAGAAAAUGGGAAUUUCAGUGUCUGGAAUUUCGGUGGAAACUGAUCGGUUUUAUUUAGUGAAUUUAAAUGCCGAUCCUGCUCUAAAUGAGAUGCUAGUAUAUUAUCUCAAAGAAGAUCGGACAUUGGUGGGAAGGCCGGAUGGGGAUGGUCCACCGGAUAUCCAACUAACCGGCCUCGGAAUAUCUCCACUACACUGUGAGCUCAUAGUGGAACCUGAUCAGAGCCUUCACCUCAUCCCUUAUCCUAUGGCCCUCACGUGUGUCAAUGGGGAGAAAGUGGAGAAGAGAAAGCUAUUACAUCAUGGCGAUAGGAUUCUUUGGGGGAACCAUCACUUUUUUAGGUUGAAUAGCCCAGCUAGGACAACCCAAAACACGUCCAAUGUCAUGUCUAUUAUGGAUGGAAUCGAUGAUUCGUCGUCGGGCUAUGAACAAGCAUCGUCAGAGUUUUACAUGAAACAGCUUGUUACUAGUGAUCCGUUGCAUGAAGCUGUUGCAAAAUUAGAGUCGAAACAUCAAAAGGACAAAGAAGUAGCUCUAGAAAAACAGAGGCAAGAACUGACAAUGACGCUAGAAAGACAGUUUAAUGCACUUAUGCACGUCCUUAGCCCCACGACUUCUAUGCCUCCUGCCCUACCUUGGGCAGGAGACGCUCAAAGCUAUAUCCAACAACAGCAACAUAUGCAACAACAAAAUAGUGUUCAAAUUGCGACGGCCAGAAAUUCGAAAAUGGCAGAAGGACUUAAAUUACUCAAAGAAUUUCUACUAAGGGCAAACCACAUGGUUCGCGAAGCCAAUGAAAUUGCGAGUGCUAUGAAAAUUGAUGUCAAGUAUAGCGUAACACUUUUAAUUCCUCCUCUAAAUAUCACACCAAAUCGUCCAAAAGGAGCUCUUAUCACAGAACCGUCCAUCAAAGUUGAAAAAGAAGGACAUUACCAUCAAAUAUGGUCCAUGGAAAAGCUUCACAAUCGCUUAGUGGAUAUGAGAGAACUUUACGAAGAGUUUUGCAUACAACAACAAGAUUUUGAUCAACCUGAUAGUUUUUGUGAGAUGGAUCCUCCAGCAUCGUUUUUUGAGCCAGACCAGCCACACGUUCUUCUUGGAAUUGCAAAUGUAUUUUUGCAGGCGUUAUUUUACGAUGACGUCACUCUGAAAUAUCCGGUUCCGGUAAUUUCCCAACAAGGAGAAAUUGUUGGGCGACUACACGUAGAAAUUACAAAAAUUUCCGGGCAAAUCGAUGAUAUAAACUCUAGAAACUCUAGUAUGAACACGAGCAAAGGAGAUGCAUCUCUUUACGAAGAUUAUGAUGAUGACGUGGAUGAUGUGGAACCUGAACAAAAAACUAUAACCGUUCGAGUAACUGUGCGUCACUUGGCUGGAGUUUCAAGUUCCCAUUCACAUUAUGUAUUUUGCCAGUAUGUUUUUUGUGAUAACAUUGUGGUCUGUCCCCCUGUGGAGUCGACAACUGUUGUGAGAUUUGAUCACACACGCUAUUUUACAAUCCCCAUCUCUGAAGAGUUUAUUGAUUAUUGCUCCGAAUCAGCUUUGUCCUUUGAAGUGUGGGGACACAGGGGCAAUCAAAUUACGUCCCAUUCUUUAGAAAAUAAUCAGUCUUCCACAAAUAACGAAACGAAUAACAACAGUGUUACCGACAGAUGGAAGGAUGUCACAUCACAAAUGAAACUGUGGGUGGAAAUUCAGGAAUUGAAUGAAAAUGGGGAAUACAUGCCAGUCGACGUUGACUACACGGCAGCUUGUGGAACUGGAGGAGUGCAUCAAUUAAAACAAGGAUUGCAGAGAAGAAUUUUGAUAAGCGUUGAGACGAAUGCAACAAUUGGGCAGCUUCCCAUUGUCUGUGAUGAAAUUGACCAAGUGUCUAUGGGUGCUAUAACUCCACGAUCAACUACUCUUCAACGGCCCCUGGACUCGUAUCAAGAAGAAGACUUGACUUUGCUUCGGGAACGGUGGGGAGAGGCAUUAAAAAGGCGAAGAGAGUACUUGGAUUCUCACUUGCAAGAUUUGGCGAGAAAGCACGAUAAAACUUCUGAGGAUGUGGAAAGGGAAAAGUCGUUGGUAGCACAGUGGCUGAUGCUGACAGAAGAGAGAAAUGCGGUUUUGGUCCCAAGUCCAGAUUCUUGCGUCCCAGGCGCACCCACCAAUUCAAACUUUAAACCAGAGAUGGGAAUUGAAUUGCACAUGCCUAUCGUGUUUUUGGAUAUUCCAGAGGAUGUAUUAUCUGCAGACUCCAGUCCCCAUUCCCCACCCAUUGCGACAGGACUAACGGCUGGAUUAAAUUCACUAUUACCAAAAGAACAUGAAGCUCCUUUUGUAGCACUUCCAAUGAUACGGAAAUCUUACGGAGAUUUUUACUCGGCUUGGAGCGAUCAGAGAAUGUCUACUGAAAGUUGGGCAAUGGUGUCUAUGGUGGAACCUUCUGUCCAUGACUGUUCUCAACUCAAUAAACCUACGCCACAAGGGGAAGUUAUUUAUGUCAUACUAAGAAUUGCUCUUCGCUUUAGCCAUCCCGUGCAAAUGGAAUGCAUUCUUAGAAAAAGGAUAUGUCUUGUUGUGAAAAGAAAUAGAGCUUCUUUUGCCGAACGUCUUAAAGCAAGAUUUUCUGUAAAAGGCCCUGUCGACGAACAGGAGCGGACAAAGAAAAGGACUGGAAUUACAUAUCAAAUUGUGAGUCAUCUCCCAAAGUCUUCUGAACAAUUAGAAACACGGGAAUCGCUUGCAGUUUUGGCAGUAUCUCAUGGAGAGUCAUAUAUCGAAGAGUACUUGAGAUCUAUAUCAGCAGUGGAUUCUAUUUUGAAUUUGGAUCGUAUGCGUCAAUCGGUCCAUCUACGAGAAGAACAAAUGAAAAGUCGACCAAGGAAUUCCAUGAAUAAGAGCUUCCAUCAGCAACAGAAUGGUGCUCCGUCCUCAUCUGCUGGAGGACUGAUGAGGAAAACAUUGUCCGUUCCAAACAUAUCACAGUUGUUUAUUGGUCCCAGCCCAAGCUCAAAUAAUUUAGUGGGUGGCCAUUCGAAAUUUUCCCAAAUCAGUAAUGGAGGAAUUGGGCUUUCAACCCAUUCUCAAAGUCCUGCUGGAAUGAUUAAUUCAUCGAUUGGAGAACGGAACAAUGUAGUGAAUUCUAUCCGUCGUACGAGACCUAUUCGAUCAGAGAGUUUGAGAAACCUUUCCGCUUUCACAAGCCCUCCAACAUCAACAGUAACAAGCCCAUCAUCCCAGCAGCAACAGCAAAGUCCGCAAACUCAAAGGCCAAGUUCCCUCAGCUUAGGAGGAUGUACCAAUACUGCAAGCAAUAACGCCACCCCACACACUUCCAAGUGGACUAGCCUAAUGACUACGGUAAUGGAGGAGGAAAGUUCAGGCUACGGAAGCCAAAAAUCAUCCGAUUCUCCUACGACGACGGGCUGACGACGUAGGGCCCGUUCCCUUAUAAUACCUUAGCCAGCACUCUCAUGUUGAAGUGACACUGUAGAGUAGCUGACUCAUCAUUACAAAUGCAAUAUUUGAGUAGCAGUAGUAGAAAUUAUGACAGUUUCCAUUUCGCAUGAAUAUUAAUGUUAAUACAAUGUCUUCUUCAACCUUAUUUAGAGUAGAAAAAUCUUAUACACCGACUAAAUGUUUAGUACGUACUGGUGUCAAAUUAAAUCGCAGCUAUAAAACUAGCCUGAAUACAUACUAGGCACCUAUAAUAGAAGCUUAUUUUGGAAAUCUAUGCAAGUACGAUGCGAGACACAAAUUGCAUUACUUAAAUGAUUUGCUUGUGCCAAGAUACAUACAUACAUAUAUAUGUAUGUACAUACGUCCAUAUCAUUUAUGUAUAUUAAAUUAUAGUCGAUCGUUGCAAAUAUAUUAUGAGCUUCUAACAAAGAAUGGUAGUGACCGCAUAUUGUGGAGAGACUGCUGAGUGAUAAAUAUGUGCAGCUACAAGAAAGACAAAUUAUUUUAAUUUUAUAAAUUUUAAUCCAAAGGGAUACAAAAAUAUGUUUGAAAAAUAUUUACGCAUUCCAUUCACAUCUAGUCCAGCAUAUAUAUAUAUCGUAGAAAAGAAACAUUACCUUGGCGUCGCUACUGCUUGAAAACUCUGUUGAAAUGUUCAAAACUAACAACCAAACUAAUUUAUUGUUUACCGUAGACUUAGAUAUAUUAAUUAUUAUUACUAUUAUAAAAGCCAGUUCGUUAUCCAUGACCGUAUGCAAUGAAUAGUAAUUGGAACCAACUCACUAUAUAAAUGCUCCAUCAAUCUUUAACUACAUGCUAUAAACUGUAAAAAUGUUUUUUCAUGAAACCUAUGCAAUUCCUCAAAAGUUAAAAAUAAGCCACAAUUUGCCUUACAUUCAAAAUGAUGUACUUUUGUUGUUCGUUCACAUUUAUAUAACAAUUGAUGUUGCAUGAUUUAAAAAUUCCCAACUUUAAAUUGAGAAAUUCGAUUUGAGAAUUGAAAAUUCUUCAACGUCUCCAAACCAUAUAAGUUCGUGUCAAUGUGAUUAUUGUGUGUUUUAUCCAGACGAUGCCAUAAAUAUACCAUACAGUUUUUAAUAAAUCAAGACGUUAUACAAUA